AUCUUGCCUCUUGGUGAAAUGACCAGGAAAUGCAGUGGCAGGAAGUGACCCAAAACCGAAACAGAUCUGUAAGAGGCCCGCUUCUGCACGUUGGUUUGAUGCCGGCUGAGAGUGUUGCUGCCUAGCCCAGCAUUUAUUACCCCUUCCUAAUUGCCCAGAGGGUAAGAGUCAGCUACGGUGCUAUGGAUCAGGAGUCACAUGUAGACCAGACCAGUGAGACCACGAUGGAGAGAUCUAGCAGUUGGACAGAGGUGGUGCUGCUGGCAUGUGGGUCAUUUAAUCCCAUCACAAACAUGCAUCUCAGGAUGUUUGAAUUAGCCCGUGAUUACCUCCACCAAACAGGGAAGUACAAGGUAAUAAAGGGUAUUAUAUCGCCAGUGGGUGAUGCAUACAAGAAGAAGGGUCUAAUUGAAGUGAAACAUCGACUAGCCAUGGUGAGAAAGGCAACAGAGAACAGUGACUGGGUGACAGAGAGCUCUUGGGAAAGUCAACAAGAAGAGUGGUUGGAGACUGCUAAAGUUCUCAGAUACCAUUCUGAGCAUUUGGACAGCUUCAGCAACAACGAGAAGAAAAUCGCAACCCAACGCAGGAAGGGCAAGAAAAGGAAGCUCAAUGAGAAAGAUGACAGUACCCUGGAAGCAAAAGAGGUUCCUGGUUUAAUGCUCCUCUGCGGAGCUGAUGUUGUGGAGUCUUUUGCCGUUCCCAACCUGUGGAAGCAGGAAGACAUUGAAGAGAUCGUCGGGAAAUUUGGCAUUGUGUGCAUCAGCCGUCUCGGAAGCAACGUGGAGAAAUUGGUCUACGAGUCUGACAUCAUGUGGAAGUUCAAGGAAAAUAUUCACCUUGUGACAGAGUGGAUAGCCAAUGAUAUCUCAGCCACAAAGGUUCGACGAGCUUUGCGAAGGGGACAGAGUGUUAAAUAUGUGAUACCUGAUUCCGUCAUUGAGUAUAUUCAACAGCACAAUUUGUACAAUCCAUGUAGUGAAGACAAAAACUCUAAUGUCACUUUGGCACCAUUAGAACGUUAUGGAAAAUUAUCAAAUAGAAAUUCGUCACAGGCAAUGUCGACCGAUUUCAAUGGCACCUGGAACAUUAUCAGCAACGACAACUUUGAGUCUUACAUGCAAGCCUUGGAUAUUGACUUUGCAACUCGUAAAGUUGCCAAUCUGCUGAGUCCUCAGAAGAUUAUUGAACAGAAAGGAGAUUCCUUCAUUAUCAAAACCAUAAGCACAUUCAGAAACUAUGAAGUCCAGUUUACUGUGGGGAAAGAAUUUGAAGAAAAUACAAAAGGUUUAGACAAUCGGAAAUGUCAGUCUCUUGUUACAUGGGACAACAACAAACUGGUGUGUGUGCAGAAAGGAGAGAAGAAGGAUCGAGGAUGGACCCAUUGGAUAGAGGGCGAUAAAUUAUACUUGGAACUCUGCUGUGAAAACCAAGUAUGCAAACAAGUUUACAAGAAAGUGCCCCCAGCAUAGAAACAGGUGAAAAAAAACAAAAACGAUUCCUAUCAAUUUAAAGAUGAUG